AUGCUUCGACUGGGCGGUUUGACACGGACUCCUUCCAUCUGGGUUGGAUGCUGAGAUGCUGCUGACGGGCUGAGCCUCUUGACUGGACUCCCUAUCCGUCGAAGGGGAACCAAGAAAGACGAUCGUAUCCUUUGAUUUAUAGCAGCAGGCUGCGUUUUUGACUUAUUGCUGCGCGCAGGGGAGCGGCCACGAAACGCGUGAACGAACGGCGACAUGUUCUGAACGGAGAGGCCGGCGAGUGGUGUCGGCGGCGGGAUGAAGGCGCCGAGGAGACCGAGACAGAAACUGCUUGUCCCCCGGCUCUGCGUCAGUGGACUCGGUCUGCUCGCAGCUGUCUGGGUGUUGCAUCCUAAUGAUGUAGCAGUUACAGACUAUCGUAGAAACUCUGGAGAUGUUGAAAUCUUCUUAUCCAAAAAAGAGGUCAUCAUCCAGAAAGAUGACAACAAUCAAUCCUCAGACUCAUUCUCCAAAUCUGCCAUCAGUGAGUUUCCAGAAGACAUUUUUACUCUGGAGCAGCGGAGACAGGGAGCUGUCGUCCUCCACGUGCUCUGUGCGAUCUACAUGUUUCACGCACUAGCCAUUGUGUGUGAUGUUUAUUUCGUGCCAUCACUGGAAAAAGUCUCAGAGAACCUGCAACUCAGCCAGGAUGUGGCCGGGGCAACCUUCAUGGCCGCCGGGAGCUCUGCCCCUGAACUCUUCACAUCUUUGAUUGGAGUGUUUAUCACAAAAGGAGAUGUUGGUGUUGGAACAAUCGUGGGUUCGGCAGUCUUUAACAUCCUGGUCAUCAUUGGUCUCUGUGGCAUCUUUGCAGGACAGCCAAUCUCUCUGAGCUGGUGGCCGUUGUUUCGCGAUGCUGCCUUCUACAUCGUGUCCAUCAUUGUGCUCAUUGCGGUGAUCUACGACGAAAAAGUCCAGUGGUGGGAGACCAUAAUACUGAUCUCCAUGUAUGCAAUGUAUAUAGUCAUUAUGAAGUUCAAUAGCUGUCUGUGCAGCCUCGUUGAGCGAUUUUGCAACCAGGCAGGUCAGCCGUGUUUGAGCGGUCUGCGACGGGCAACGGCGGUGGGGAAUACCGGCGACUGUGAUGCAGACAUUGUGCCGCUUAAAUCGGACUCGUGUGCUGUGGUUGGUCAGGACUCGGGGGUGGUGAGGGUGGAUGAGCAGCUCAACCUGCAUCCGCACCAGCUCACCUUCUCAGAGGCAAGCCUCCGCCUUCUCAUCACCGCGCAUUUCCCCCCCUACACCCGCCUGCGCAUGGCGGGGCGCACGCUCAUCAACGAGAGGCAGAGACUGAUCCGAGCUCAGGUCGGGGCCAAAGACGGCAACGCCUCAGCGGACGACGGUUGCGGUGCCGGCGGGUCACGGGGGAGAGAGAACGGGUCAGUUUCCGAGGCGGAAUGUCAGCAUUUAGACGUGGGGAGGGGAGAGGGAAAGGACAGCGGUGAAGCGGUCGCAGGCGCUGCUCAAGUCAAAGAGGAGGAGGAGGAGGAGGAGGAAGAGCAAGAGGGGGAGGAGGAAGAGAGUGAACCCUUCAAACCCUUCAUCAUACCAGAUGGGCCGUGUGUGCGUGUUAAGUGGCUGCUCUCCUGGCCGCUGAGCCUCUUGCUUCACUGCACGGUGCCCGACUGCAACCUUCCACAGUGGGAACGCUGGUACCUGCUCACCUUCCUUGCUUCCACCCUCUGGAUCGCCCUCUUCUCCUACCUCAUGGUCUGGAUGGUAACCAUCAUCAGCUACACACUCGGAAUUCCAGACGUCAUCAUGGGUAUUACCUUCCUGGCAGCCGGCACCAGCGUACCUGACUGCAUGGCCAGCCUCAUCGUUGCCCGACGAGGCUUGGGCGACAUGGCCGUGUCCAACUCCAUUGGAAGUAAUAUCUUUGAUGUGCUGCUGGGCUUGGGUUUCCCCUGGGCACUGAGUACACUCAUUGUCAGCCAUGGCACAGUGGUAACAAUCAACAGCAAGGGCCUGGUCUACUCCGUUAUCCUGCUCUUGGCCUCAGUUAUACUCACUGUCCUGUGCAUCCAUCUAAACCGCUGGAAGUUGGACCGCAAGCUGGGCCUCUGGCUUAUGCUGCUCUACGCCAUCUUCCUCUUCUGCUCCAUCAGCUUCGAGAGGCUGUAGACUGGGGGACACAAACACGCUUUUUUUCCCCUCACUGGAAUGAAUUUCACGCCUCAUGCCUAAAGAGCUCCCUUUUGAUAAACAAUUAUUUUACAUGGUUUUGUAACGCUACAUCUGAACCUCGGCCACAGAUGGUAGAUAAUAAUUCAGUUUGUAUUCGACUUACUGUACUUUGUAAUGUGAGAAAAAUGUCAUUAUUUCACGACUGCCAACUUUAUGGGAGAUUACAUGGUAUGUACCGUUUUUUUUCAUGUAUAAUGCGCAAAAUUUAACUAAUUUAUUGUCCUAAAAUCUGGGGUGCGCAUUAUACAUGGGUACAAAAAAAAACUUUUUUUUAAUUUAAUUAAAAAAUUUUUUUUAUCAGGAUAUGAUACGGAGGCAGCCAUUACAGAAGCGCUUUCUUCUCUGCUGUUCACUUCAAACACGCUCCAUACGAACACAAUGCUCUUGUAUCAGACGCUUGCUCGAUCAUCUGCUUGUUUGCUGUCACAAUGUACCCUCCACAAAUCCGAAACAUUUCUUCGCUAUCGAGUUUGCUAGCGCAUGCGCAGUGAUACUGACCGGCAGAAUAACAUCCGGUUGUUCCCAAAGAUCUUUUUUCUGAAAUAAUUUUACGUUAACCGACUUAAGUAGGAGUAAAGAUUUGGGUGUGUAUUAUACAUGGGUACAGGCUUUUUUCCAGCAUCAACAUGCCAUUUUUAGGGUGCGUAUUAUACAUGGGGGCGCAUUAUACAUGGAAAAAAACGGUAGUUGCUUCUUGUUUACAUUUUUUUAUGCAGUUUUAUCAUGCCUUUGAUGUGUGGUGGUUGUAAAUGACUGAGUGAUCAUGUGCUAGCGAUCGGUGUGUUGGUUAUGUUCACAAGCAGACUUUGUGCUUGGAAAAAGAAAAAACUUGUUUUGUUUCUGGAUGUCUGUGCCAGGCGGGUGCACUUGGCUGUGUUGUUAAUUAAAAUGCUGCAUUAUGUGAAAA